AUGUCCGGGCUAAUAGAUAGGGUACAGUUGACUAAAUCAGUUAAUUUCUUAAUAAGCAAAUACGAUCAAAAUGAUUUCAAUAUAUUUAAUUCUCAAAAUAUUGAUGAUUUGAACGAUGCUAAAGCUCCAGCCUUACUAGAACAAAUCAAAGAUGAAAAGAGACAAGGUUUUGAAUUGGAGAAGCAGAAGCUUGGGUUUAUGAUGUCGAAUUUCAUUGCAUUUUGUGGAUGGUCAGAUUGUCCCAUCAGAAGAUUAAGUUCAGCCUAUCUUUCUUCGGCACAAUAUUUCAUUGAUUUUCAGUCUCUAUCAGAGGAAGCUCUCAGUCAAAUAGGAAUAAUAAGGGAUACAAUAGUUUCAGAUGGUGCUCAAAAUGUUCCUCUAAUUGAAUAUUUUCAAUCUUGGUUUUAUAUUUCAAAGUUGUUUUUCACUUCAUUACCUUCUUUUAUUCAUGAAGAUGCUCAAUUAUCAAACACCAGGAUCAAUUAUAGCGGAUCUCGGAAAUAUUUUGAAAAGUAUUGCCAAGUUUUUCCAUCCACUUUUCAAUUUCCAGACGGUGAUUUGGAACUAAAAUUAGGUAAAGUCUCAUUAAAUAUUAAUCUUGUAAAGCAAACUCGCUUCUUGUCAAUUGAUACGAUUACAAGACCCCAGAAUGAAGCUCAAUUGGAAUGGUUGUUCCAAUCUUUAUUUAUGCAUAGUAUCUUGAAAAUUUUAUCAACGAAAUUUGGUCCAUCUCGUGUAAUUCAACAAGAUAAUACUAGCGGUAUAGUACGUCCUGAUUUAGGAAUAGAAGUGGUGAAAAAUAAUGAAAAGUUUACCGUACCAAUUGAAAUGAAGUAUAGUGGGUUGAGAAGAGCAGUAGACACAAUUAAGAAUCCGGAUACACCAUUUUUGGGACCAAAUUCAUUUAGAGAGCUUUUCAAUCAAAGUAUAUAUCAGAUCUUAAGUUAUAAUUCUGAACUAGGAUUCAUUCUUGACAGGUCUUCAAUAAUCAUUAUUAGAAUUAAACUGCCAGCGGUUAUAAGUCAAAUGGUGAAUCAAAGUGAUGGUACAAUUAUAAGAAUCAUUGACUGUGAAGUGCUGUGUUUAGAGCAUAGUACUAAUGGCAAUAAUUUAGUAACAAUCUUAAUUAGUUAUUUAUUGGAUUAUUUUACUGACAUCGAUAGUGACCGUACUAACAAAGUGAAAGAAUUAUUUAAAUAUUUUGAGUUAACUGAAACUCAAGAACGCCAAAUGUUGUUAAAUAGGUCGGAAUUUAUUCAUAAUCAAUGGUCGAAUAGGUUCUCAGAUUAUAGUUUAGUAAACAAUUCUUUCGUGCAUACUAAAUAUCCAGAUAUUCAGAUUCCUCGUGAUAUUUUUGAAAUCAAGAAUCUAAUUAGAGGUUGGAACACAAGAAAUGAGAAUGAAUUUAAAAUUGGAGACAAUUUAAGGAAAGAAGACCCACUUGAGAAACACUUUUCUAAAGUUUUUCUAUGCAACGUUGUCAGUACAAAGAGACAACUUGUCUUAAAAGUUUACGACCCUCUUUCGGCACCAAUACUAAAUAAUGUUUCAGGCUUAUCGGAUGUAUUAUUUCACCAAGUGUUCAAUUAUAUACUUGAAAUGUUUUUUUCAGAAAUCAAAGCCUAUCUAAGGAUCAGAGGUGAACCGAGAGGAUUAGGUGAAGAUCCACCAGACAGUUUUGGUGGUACAUCUGGAAGGCUAUUAGUGAGACAAGCACAAAUUGUUAAUUAUUUGCCUUAUUUAUAUGAGUUUGGGUUUUAUACGGGAAAAUCAUUUAGCGGCUUUUAUUUAAUAGAGGAAUAUAUUAAAGAUGACAAAUUAAACUGCAAUUUUGAGACGUUAUGCAUGUUGGCAAGGGUUGCUUUAUCAACAAUCCAUUCCCUAGGCUUAAUUCAUGGUGAUAUUCACCAAUAUAAUAUUAUAUAUGAUAGUACAAGACAGAGGGUAUUUUUAAUAGAUUUUGGUAAAUCGACCUUUACUAACUUCCAACUGAGUGUGAAAAGCAAAGAAUCUGAUCGUCAGGCGUUGGAAAUUGCAUUAAUGGAUAUAAGGCAUGCUAGAAAUAUUGCAAAUAAUUGA